GCCGAACAAAAAACCCGCUACUGGAUUAACUGUGAUAUCUGAGCUGCAGCGCUCCGUUUCACAGGGUUUUCAUGGUGUUAUAGGUCAUUAUAAAUGUGAAUAUUGACAUUCCGUUAUUCUGUUAUCUCGGUGGAGUUGUAAUGUUGACGUGUUUCAUUUGUGAGGACGUUUAGCAGCUAGCUCGGGCUAGCUGCCCUCCGUUACUGUGUGUUAGUUAAGUUACUUUGUUUUAUUGACGCCUCGUUAGUUUUCCCACUACGCCACACACUGAUAUUGUAGUUUUUAACAACACUUUGGGACUACAAAGAGCUUCACAGGAUGCUGGCGACGGGAGCAGCUGUAACUAACGUCACAGCCCUGGCCCAGGUAGACCGCGAGAAGAUCUACCAAUGGAUCAAUGAGCUGUCCAGCCCAGAGACCAGAGAAAAUGCCUUACUGGAGCUCAGCAAGAAACGCGAGUCUGUGCCUGACCUGGCACCGAUGCUAUGGCACUCCUGUGGCACCAUUGCUGCCCUGUUGCAGGAAAUAGUGAAUAUCUAUCCAUCUAUAAACCCACCUACGCUUACAGCUCACCAGUCUAACAGAGUGUGCAAUGCCCUGGCACUUCUGCAAUGUGUUGCCUCACAUCCAGAGACACGGUCAGCCUUCCUUGCUGCUCACAUCCCUCUUUUCCUUUACCCGUUUCUACACACUGUGAGCAAAACACGUCCAUUUGAGUACCUGCGACUUACCAGCCUCGGAGUCAUCGGUGCCUUAGUGAAAACAGAUGAGCAAGAAGUGAUUAACUUCCUCCUCACCACUGAAAUCAUCCCGCUGUGUCUCCGCAUCAUGGAAUCAGGGAGUGAGCUUUCCAAGACGGUUGCUACAUUCAUACUGCAGAAGAUCCUGUUGGAUGACACAGGGCUGGCUUAUAUAUGUCAGACGUACGAACGUUUCUCCCAUGUGGCCAUGAUCCUUGGCAAAAUGGUGCUCCAGCUCUCCAAAGAACCAUCAGCUCGCCUGUUGAAGCACGUUGUUCGCUGUUACCUUCGCCUCUCAGAUAAUCUCAGAGCCAGAGAAGCCUUGCGUCAGUGUCUGCCAGACCAGCUGAAAGACAGCACCUUUGCCCAAGUGCUGAAGGACGACACCACCACCAAACGCUGGCUGGCACAGUUGGUCAAGAACCUGCAGGAGGGUCAAGUCACCGACGCUAGAGGCAUCCCGCUGGCACCGCAGUGACUGGAACAUAGCGUGUGUUCACAGCUGACACAGAGAGACUCUGUCAUGAUGGUCUAGAUUUUGUAUUUUGCCAAAUGUAGUGCUAUGACUGCCUGCAAAGUGAAGGACAUAAUAGAGGAAGAUUUAGUUUUGCUUUUGGAUUCAUUUACACCAGUAUGUCACCUCCACACAACUAAAGAUCUGCAUUUUAAUAACCAGACUGAUAUUUGACAAUAAUUUAAAUCCAAUAAUGGCACAUUGGUUUAUCACCACCACUAUAGUGAUAAAGAUAUUACAGUUAAACAAACAACAGCACUAUCUAAAGAACAGUGAGUGAAUUAACAACAGAAAAAUACAUUUAACAUGAAAUAAAUAAAAAAUGUACAUUACAAUGCAGCCUGUAAGACAUUUUAUGUGGCAGUUAAACACACUGCAGUUCUUUUCUGGACGUCUGCCAACAUAUCAAUACUGAUAUAUCAAUUAUAAGCUGGUGUCGGUUGCCAUGAUCAGCUCUUCCAAAUUCUCUUUCACUAUACAUGUAACAUUCCACUGAAAGUAGGAGCUGGUUUGUUUUGCUUCUUGCAUUUCAAAUAAGACUUUUUAAUCUUCUACACGA